AUGGUUGAAAGACGUGGUCAUUACAAAGCGGACGACGCAACGGCAGUCAACCUAGCACUACUCGCCUUGCGCAUGUUUGCCAGUGAAGGCAACGUGAGGAAGGUGCAGUUUUGUUUAAACAUGCGCGUAGUGAACGCACUCAUCCCCAGUGAUAAUUAUGACGAACAUAGCAACACAAUGAAGGAGAUCGGCAAACGACUCACAUGCCACAGUUUUAAACUGGAUCCAGUCAUGUGCCACUUUGCAAUUGCUGAAGUGAUGACACUCGGCAAGAAGGUGUCAGCACAAGGCAUUGAUAUGGAUUAUGAGAAACAAGCAAACUAUUCGAUUGGCCAACCAUGUAACGAUAUAUGGACAUAG